AUGAAGGAAACAGUGCUUAUUUUCGGUUCAUCCGGUAACAUUGGAGUAGCCGCCGUAAUUGGUUCCUUGCGAGCAAAGCGCCAUGUGAUUGCGCUCGUUCGUAACCAAGACAGCGCCAAGAAGAUACUCGAGUAUGUCGGAAGUAACGAUGGCAUUACGAUCGUUGAAACCGACAUCACGUCGGAAAGCGCGGUACGAGAUGUAGUCAAUCAGGUCCGCGAAGGCAAGCUACCGGCCUUCCAGCAUGUUUUCGCCUCACCCGGGGGUCUGUACUGGGAGACAUCGCUUGUCGAUCUAGAGGCUGAUAGCUUGCGUGAAAUCAUGAAAGCGAACUUCGAAACCUACCUUCUUGCUUACCGUGCCACUGUUCCAUUUCUCCUGAAGCAGGGCGUGCCAAACAGCACAUGGACAAUGUGCACCGGCGCCUCAGGCGACAUGGGUCUUCGAGGUGCUCCAGCAAUCACACAGGGAGCUUUAUUCAGCUUUGCUACUGUGGCUGCUCGCGAUAAUUUGGAGACAAAUGUACGCUUCAAUGAAAUCUACCUGGCAUAUCGUGUCCAGCAUCAUGUCGAUCUGUCCGACAAACGCCAGUACUUGGGCCUGAUGCAUCUUCAGUCAACAAGGGACUUUGCCCCUCUCUACGAGAAGCUUUUGGACAGGACAGACAUCAGGAGUAAGAGAGUCAACGCCCUCAGCCCCAAAGACGUGGUGGAGUUGAACUACGAAACGCGUUUCAAGGACUACUGA